AUGCCAUCGUCGCUGUUCUGGUUGGCAUCAGGAGCCAUUGCUGCGCUACCUCUUUUCUUCUGGCCUUCAAAACAGCCUCAAGGUCAAAACUGGAGAUUAUUUGCUUUCUUCUCUUAUUCGCUUCCUUUUGCGUCUAUCUUUUGGCUGUACUUGGUCUCGGCGCAAGUCCCUGAACCAUACCUGGAUGAAGUUUUUCAUAUCCCCCAGGCGCAGAAGUACUGCCAGGGGAAAUUUCAAGAGUGGGAUGACAAGAUCACAACACCCCCAGGCCUUUACCUUCUAUCCCUCCUGAUCCCUGGAGUUGUUCGUCCAGAUUCUUCUUUAGGGGGCUAUCUCUGCCAUGUGAAAGAUCUUCGGGCUGCCAAUGUUGUUGCAUUGGCAAUUCUAGCCUACGUGGCCCUACAGUGUCGGCGUGAGAUUGAGGCACGUCUCUAUGAAGCUCACUCCUCUAUCAAACUGCGCAACACGUCGCAGUAUGCACUUCAUACUGCAUUCAACAUCGCUCUAUUCCCACUUCUAUUCUUUUUCUCUGGGCUAUACUACACCGAUGUUGCAUCUACCGCAGCCGUUCUGGUCGCGUACUUGAACCACUUGAAGCGUACUGGACGAGAUCAAAGUUCGGUCUUGAGUGAUCUUACGACGAUAUGCCUCGGAAUCUUCACCCUUAUUUUUCGACAAACAAAUGUUUUUUGGGUGGUCGUGUAUAUGGGUGGUUUAGAAGCAGUCCAUGCCAUCAAGACUUUACGCCCAGAACGAAUUGACCAGCCAGUUAUCUUGACUCUUUUUGAACAGAUCAAGUACUACACUUGGAGAUAUUCUCUUGGUGAUAUCCAUGAUCCUCCGCUACAUAUGCUAUGGCCAGAUGAUAUGAUCCUCUGUGUGCUGAGUCUCGGUAUUGCAGCACUUUGCAACCCUAUCCGUGUUCUUCGACAGAUAUGGCCCUACAUCACCGUUAUUGUCUCUUUUGGGGUCUUUGUUGCUUGGAACGGCGGUGUUGUGCUUGGUGACAAAUCCAACCAUGUUGCUACUAUCCAUCUUCCACAGAUGCUCUAUAUCUGGCCUUUCUUUGCUUUCUUCUCCUUGCCACUUCUUAUCCCAUAUGCCUUUCCUUUUAUUAACACAGUAUUGGUAAUCCUCCCAUCUCUCGGAUCGUCCACGACAGCUGGAAAGCGAGCCCCUGAGACAGAUACUGGAUCGAUGCCUUUGUUUUCUAUGUCCAGCAAGUCCCGCAAAUCAGGCAAACAGGUCCGCGGAGGCAGUUCUGCAAAGGGAUCAACAGUCGGUGCUCCGGAAAGCAAGUAUCCGCCGCAGUCGAAGGUACUGCAGGUCGUCGACUUCAUAUUCGGUAUCAAAGUCAUCAUCUGGUUCCUCUAUCUCCUCGGGACCAUAUUGCUAUCGGUUGCCGUCGUUCGCUACAACACCAUCAUACAUCCAUUCACCCUAGCCGACAAUCGUCAUUACAUGUUUUAUGUCUUCAGAUAUACAAUCCGACGAGCUUCUUGGAUUCGAUAUGCUUUGGUUAUUCCAUACACCUUGGCCCGUUGGAUGACUUGGGGCACCAUUGCUGGCUGCUCACAAUGGUUUUCAGUUGUACAUGGGUCUGCUUGCUCUGCGUAUGAAAGGGGUCUAGAAAACCCUCCCUUCCUGAGCCAUCCCACCUUUACUAAUCGCGGAUUCUCACCGCGGCAAACUACUGCUGCCUUUCCAACUGAAGUCAAGGAUAAUUCUCAAGAUGCUGCCAAGCAGCAUGAAUUGAGCGAGGCUCUGAAAAAGGAUCCCCUACUUGCCUCCGUUGAGCCAGCUUCAACCUCGACUGGUCUCAUCUUCUUGCUCGCAACCACUUUGUCACUCAUGACCGCCCCACUAGUAGAGCCGCGAUACUUUAUCAUCCCGUGGGUAAUGUGGAGGCUACUUGUACCUGCAUGGAGACUCCAUGAUCAUGGCGGCUGCAAUAGUACUUCCUCUUACCUGGAGAAUUACUCAAAGACUAAAUCCAUGUUCGCGUUCUUCCAGCGCUAUGAUCUUCGUCUUAUCCUUGAGACGUUCUGGUUCAUCGCUAUCAACGCGGCCACUGGCUACAUUUUCCUCACCAAGCCGUACGUGUGGAAAGCGGAGGAUGGAGCGGUGCUUGACGAGGGUCGACUUCAGCGCUUUAUGUGGUAG